CUGGAGCUCGGCCCUGGGCUCUCAUCUCCACUCUCUUGCCGGGAGAGGAAAGCAGUGGCAGUGCAGCACCAUGGACAGCGCUGGUGAUGCGUGGAGGAAAGCGCUCAGCACCAAGUGUCAUACAGCUGCCGGCAUGAAGGUAUCAACACUACUGGGAGUAAAGAUGCAGUCUGUGUUUAAAGGUAAAAUGUACAGCCAGCUGCAGGCACUGUACAUGAACACAGAGCAUAAGAUCCAGGUCGGAGGCUCGAACCUGGACAUCAGCUACUGGGAGAGUCUCCUACAGCAGGUGUGAGUCUACAUGGCACGGGCGAGGUAAGGCUCUUCUACUAGUUGCUUAUGCUAGAUGUUAAAAUUAAUAUUUUAUUAAUAUAAACCCCUCAAUGUUUCACAUCCUAGACCAUAAGUUUGUGCAGAAUGUUCAGUUUUAAGACAUAUAAUAGAAAUAAUAAUAAUAUCAUCAUCAUCAUCAUCAUCAUCAUUAUCAUCAACAUAAUCAUCAUCUAAGCAAAAACAACAGGUUCUCUUUUUGCACAAUAACAAUAGAAAGCAGGCUACUGAUUAAAAAAAAGGAGGAGUAUAGGAAUUAUUUAAGGUCUUAUAGGAGUCUUAUAGGAGAAUUAUUUAUAGGAGUAUUUAAGGUCCUCUAGCUGAAGUGCCCACAUCUUGAUUUCCUCCAGAAGGUCAUCCUUGUCUGGGACAGUGAGUCCAUUCAGAAAGGUGUACGGUUCAUGCAUUUCUAAAGACAAGUCAUCACCUUCAGUGUUGAUGUAUUUGGCCAGCAGGUCAAUGGGCUUUGCUUGGCCACCUCGGAUAUGGAUCUUAGACCUGCACUUGUAAAGCAACAAAUUACAACCCAUAGUUUACAGACAAGUUUUGACACGUUUCAAGCAGCUGUAGUAACUUUCAAUCGGGAAUUGGCAGCUCUGGAAGGUACUCAAUAUAUUUAUAAUUAUUCCAUUAUUCUUAUUUCUCCUUUUGGUGGACUGAUGUCUCUGAUAAGAUGAAACAUCAAGUAACUGUUUGUUUAUAACGAUCAGUGAUAUUUAUGGACAGCUUCCCUUUCUCUGCAGCAACAGGUUUAUUUCACAGAAUUGAGAGUUCUAUUUGCUUAUGACAGAACACAUAAUUCUGAUUGGUCAGAAGCUGUUAAUUAAUUUUCUAUAAGAACAGCUCUGUCAUUACACUAGUGCCAGCUAUAAGGAUCUAAUACCUUAUUGUUUCUAUAGUAACAACUUACACCAAGACUGGCAAGGAUAAUGUGGCCCAUUAUUAUGAAACAGUAUUUU